AUGAAUCACGAUCCAUUUAGCUGGGGAAGACCUUCAGAUGCCACUUAUGGCGCCUAUGACCAACAAUUGGCACACCCCAAGAUGAAUACGCAACAACCCAUAGUCACUGGUACCUCCGUGCUUAGUGUAAAAUAUAACAAUGGUGUCGUAAUUGCGGCCGAUAAUCUGGGUUCUUACGGAUCUCUGUUACGUUUUAACAACGUUGAAAGACUGAUCCCCGUGGGGGAUAAUACAGUUGUGGGUAUUUCUGGUGAUAUUUCUGAUAUGCAACACAUUGAAACUUUGAUCGAAGAACUAGUUACUGAAAACAACUACGACAAUUCAUUUGCAGACUCAGUAGAGGGAUUGAAGCCAAGUUAUGUGUUCGAAUACCUAGCGGCAGUCAUGUACCAUCGUAGAUCCAAAUUUAACCCACUGUGGAAUGCAAUUAUCGUUGCAGGUGUAGAAGACGGCAAGCCAUUUUCCCGUUACGUUAACUUACUUGGUGUCACCUACUCUUCUCCAUCGUUAGCCACAGGAUUCGGCUCCUACAUGGCAGUUCCACUGCUGCGGAAACUAGUGGAUCGUGACAGUGACGUCGCUAAACUGGAUCUACAAACUGCUGAAAAUGCCAUCGUCGAAUGCCUCAAAGUUUUAUUCUACAGAGAUGCAAGAUCAUCCAAACAGUAUUCGCUAGCAAUAAUCGAUAAUGACUUGGGUCUACAGUUCAAAACCAACCAAAGGAUAGAAAAUCUUUCUUGGUCUUUCGCCAAGGACAUCAAGGGCUAUGGUACACAGAAAGUGUAA